AUUUAUUUUGGGGAUUUAUUUACCUCCAUAAUACUACUUUUUCUCUUUUUCUUUUCAAGUAUACCCAGCUUCUUACCUGAAGAUAUCGAUUAGCUGUCGCUACUAGACUGGAAGCCAGUUGAGUUAAAGCUGUUUCUCUACCAUUUGAACCAUAUUACAUAAUCCUAACCUUGAGGUCGUAGAGUUCUUGGGGCGGGUCGUGUGGUUGUUAAACAUGCCUUUUGUCAUGUAACAUUAUCAAGUCUUUAGUAUCUAGCUUCCAUUGCCAGGUAACUCUGUAAAAACCCUUAGUUAUUGUUGUUCCCCAUUAUUCACAUGGAUUUACAGAUGUAAGUGAGCACUAUAUGGGUAAUGAAAACAAACCAACUUAUCAAAAGCUUUCUUUUCUCAAUUUCAGGUUCACUCACACUUCUACCCUCGAGCUAAGCAUAAACCUAUUAUCAACUAAAUAACUUCUUAGUGAAUUCAUGGAAUUGGUUGUGUACGAGGUCCACCCUCACAUUGCAUUAUUGCGUGAGUUAUGCGGUGAGACCCAUGAAGAAUCACUGUCUGAUGACUCAGACAAUGAAAGCUACUUAAAAAGUCUUGAUCCAAAAAACUGGAAGAGUCAGGAUCAUUAUUCUGUUUUGGGGCUCAGAAAAAAACGCUUUCUUGCUUCUUCUGACGAUAUCAGGAAAGCAUAUCGCAGAAAAAUUUUGAGUCAUCACCCUGACAAACGUCGUUCAAAGGGGGAGUUUAUUCAAGAUGAAAAACUGGACUACUUUUCAUGCAUAACUAUAGCAUACGAAAUACUUGGAAAUCCCGUCAAACGUCUUGCAUAUGAUAGUGUGGAUCCAGUCGUCGUAGAUGAUUCAGUUCCUACCAUCAGUGAAAUCAAGUCCAACUUCUUCACUUCAUUGGGAAACUUUUUUUAUCGUAAAUCUAGGUGGUCUAAAAAGCAACCUACUCCUCACCUUGGUAACAGUCUAACUGAUAUAGAAGAAGUCCUCAAGUUUUAUGACUUCUGGGAAGAAUAUGAUACCUGUCGUGAUUACUCAUAUCUAGAUGAAGAAGAUAAGGAAAAAGGUGAAGAUCGAGAAACAAGACGUGCGAUAGAGAGACAAAAUCGUAUUGAACGAGCACGUCGAAGGAAUGAAGAAGUAAGCAAUGUUCGGAACAUAGUCCUUCUUGCUAAAGAAAAUGAUCCAAGAAUUCUAGCUGCAAACAAGGCCGCUCGUGAUGCUAAGGAAGCAAAACGUCAGGCUCGUUUAGUUGCUGUACAGAAACGACGUGAAAUGGAGGAAGAGCAACGAAAACGUGAAGCUGAGGCUGCUGCACUUGCCCGUGCUGCUAGUGAGGAGCGUCGGAGGUCGGAAGCUGAACGUAUUCGCAAGGAACGUGAUCUAAAUCGUAGUGAGGCUAAACGUGAAAGGCGUCAAUUGCGGAGCAUCCUUGUCGAACAACUCAAUUACUUUUUAGAUGAUAAAAUUGAUACAUCUGAAGUGGGUUCUCAUCAAGUCAAAAUUUUAGCCGAUAUGGAUUUGUUAUCUCAGCGUUUGUCGAAUGCUCAAUUGCAUGAAUUAAAUGAAUAUUUGGAGCAGGCCGAUACCCCUGAUAAAGCGCAUUGUAUUUUCUCAGCCAAGGUAGAAUCAGUUAAACACGAGCUUCAAGCAAAUAAUCUGCAAUCGCAAACUAAACUAAAACCUGAAAACAGUCCUAGUACAGACAGCCAAACUAAUGCUUCUAAGUGGACAACAGAAAUGAUCCAGGUUUUGGUUAAAGCAGUUAAUAUUCUUCCAGCUGGAACACCUAAACGCUGGGAAGCGAUAGCUGCUUAUGUAAAUCAACAUAUUAGUGGUGUCGUUGUGUCUGGUAAAGAUGUUUUAAAGCAAGCAAAACUCUUAAAAGAGGAAGAUUCCAAUUUGCGUAAAACAGCCAAUACUAAAGCAUUUGAUUCAUUUACCAAUUCUGUUAAAGAAACUGAUGCUGUCAAAAAUGUGACAAUUACAACCCAAUUAGAAGCUGAAGUAUCUCGUCCUUGGACAGUUAUUGAACAACGUGCCUUAGAACAAGCCCUCAAGACUUAUCCAAGUAAUACUGGAGAUUCUGGUUCGGAUGAUCGUUGGCAACUUAUUGCGAAUGUUGUCGGUACUCGUACUCGACGUGAAUGCAUAAUAAGGUGUAAAGAGUUAGCAGAACAGGUUCGCGCUAAAAAGGCUGCUUUGGCUGCGGCCAAGAAAUCUUGAACUUCGUCCCAAACAGUUGCUUGAUAUAGUCACGGAAUUCUUCCAAAAAGAGAUAAAACUAUCUUUACACUGUUCGGUUUUAACGUUUUAGCAAACACAAUCAGUUACAUUAGACAAAUGAAGUAGGAAUAACAGUUUCAGAUGUUCAUUAUUUCGUUUUAAUCUCAACUAAACUGUUUAAUGUAAUGAUAAACUACCAAAGUUGGUCAAUUUAUAUGUAAAUUGCUUUUCCCUAUAUACAACUCAUAAUCAGUUAUACUUGUUGAUCCUAUCAACAUCCAGUGUUUUAAAAUACUAACUAUUCUUUGAUACAUUCGUCUUUUGUAUUAAAUAUUUAGCCUUUUGAGCUUUUAUUGCACCAUUCGUCUUCUAUGUAUUACUGCUUAGUAAAAAUACUACGCAUGAAAAUGUGAAAGAAGCAACUGUUUUUCCCACUGUUCAUUGAAUUUUUCUCGUCAACUACUUUGUAAAUGGAUUAUGUUUGAACGUUUUAUCCAUUGCCCAAAUAUCACAUAUCUAAUCUAUCGAAGUAUAUGCACAGUUCAUCAGGUAAUUUAUACUAUUAUCAUCACUAAUAAUGCAUUCACUGAUGUAAAGAAACAAGUAAAUCCCC